AUGUAAACGACUGUCUCAAUACAUUAUUUUUUUUUAUUAACUACAAAGACAAACAAGUAUUCCAAAUUAUUUUUGACAGUAGAUUAAAAUGUAUGAUUUAUCAAAAUGAAUAUUUGAUGGGAUUUAUGAUAAAUACAAACUAAUUUGAACGAUGAAAGAAACUUUAUCAUAAUAUUGUAGUGAUAUUAACAUAAAUACUUAUAAGAAGUGCUACUAGAUGGAUAUAUUUCUGUUAGAAAUUUACCUGACUAUGGUUAAAAAAAAUAACACUGUAACUUUACCAAAAUAAUAGGCGCUUCAACAGUGAUAACCCGCUAGUGGCAUAGGCAAAAAUGCCCAGUGAAGGAAUUGUCUAUAGAUCUGGGAAAAAGAAUCUCCAAAGGAAAUCGUCAAAAAUAUCGUUGGCACAGCAAAUUGCACAAAAUAGAGCUCAUGGUUUUUCUAGUGCAAAUUAUUCAGCGAGAUCAGGAAAGUCAAACAAAACUGGGAGUGAUUUAGACAGUGUUGAUAUUUCGCACUUAACGAAGCUUGACGAAGCUAAAAGAACGCCUACACCAUUACCAACUGUAAAUCCUAGAAACAUAGAAAACAAGGAGACAAAAAGAAAACCAUUAAAUGCACCAAACAGCAAACAAAGACCAGGGGAACAACAACAAUCUCUUGCACGGAACAAUACUCAGAAUAUGUCUCGCCAUAACAACGACAACAGUAGACAGAUUCUUCCUCCUGCUAGUAAUCAUAGUAAUGGUGGUGGUUCUAAAAGUAGACAAACGGGAACAACAAACCAUGGAGUAUCCCUCCCACCAAUUCAGAACAACAAUAAAGUAACAAAUAGGAAUUCUGAAUCAAUUGAUUUGUCAAGACAAACACAUUCUCAGAACCAACAAAGAGAAUACCUGAAACAAGACCCAUAUCAUAAAAAUAGAGGAUACACGAAUAAUGAUGACAAUAAUUACUACGAUAGAAACAAUAAUUCAAGGUAUUCCAACAAAGAAAUGGACAACAAAAAGUAUGCUAGAACAACAGACAAAUCGCAAGAACAUUCACCAAGGAGGUCAAGAUCAAGCUCCCCAAAGAGAGGAAACAAAGGAACUAUGGAUAACAAAUCACAUAAAACAAACCAGUAUGACAUAGACCGACAUGAAUCGUCCAAACGACAAAAACAACGAAGCAGAUCGACUAACCGCGAAAAAAGGCGACAUAACAAAUCUGGUGAGGUUGAAUACAGAAAUCGCAGUACAUCAAGAUACCGUGAAAGUAGACAAAGAAGUAAACCAAGGGAGGAUAAGAAAACCAGAACAUCGUCUCAAAAGCGUGAAAAUAAACACAGAAGUCAGUCAAGUGAUAGAAAAUAUACUCCACACAGUCAAUCACAUGAUCGUGGAAGCAGACGUAGGAGUAAAUCUAGAGAUCGUGGUAUUAUAAGGCGAAGUAAAUCUCGUAGUAAUGACAGAAGAAAACGCUCUCGAUCACGAGAUCAUCAUAAGACAAUACGACACAAGUCUAGGUCAACAUCAAGACAUAGCAAACGAGGAAAGUCUCGUUCUAAAUCAAGACAUAGUGAAUAUCACAGAUAUAGAAGUAAAUCACGUGAGCGUAACGAACGUAGAAAACGCAAAGAUGAAUAUUAUCGGAGUGCUUCCGGGUCACCUCCAAGAGAACACAAAGAUGAACACCAUCAUAGUAAGACUAAAACGAUCAGCGUUUAUAGUGAUCAUAGAAAAAAAUCUUUAUCAGAUAGUACACUUAACAAAAGAUCAAAACCUCGUGGUUUCAGUCAUGGUAAAUCAAGUAGGCCGUCUUCAGGUGAAUACUUUACUGAGGAAAAUAGAAAGUCAAAGCAUUCAUCGAGACAUUUAAAAUCAAAAACGCACGUUUAUGAUUCGGAUUCUUGCACGAGUGAGUCAGAUAUUGAAAUAUCCAGCCUUUCACGAAAAGAAAUUCAAAAGCGAUUGGCGCGUUCUCAACAAAACAUCAGGCUGUCGAAGUCUCAUGCAAAAAAUAAAAAAUCAAAAUUAAGACGCGGGUCUGUUUCAGAUUCUGAACGUUCCUAUAAAUAUAAUAUAAUUUUGAUUGAUGAAAGUGAUGAUUCGGAAGAGGAUCUGCCAUCUAAUCAGGCAUUUUAUGUUCGAUCAAAAUCACAACAUGCUGUUCCAUUUAAAGCCAGACGACAUAAGCUAAAAGAGUAUUAUUCAGAUAUAGAAUCUAACGAUCGAAACAAUACUAAAGCGGUUAUAUACAAUGAACCUGAUAAAGUAAUCGUUGCUCCUAGAAAUACGUUAGAUGUACCAAGGACAAUACAACACGUUCAUACUGUUGGUACUAGUCAACCACACCAACCACAAAAAGAAUUGUUCUAUUUAGUUCCAGCCUCUCAACAUACAGCAAACAGUCAAUAUAAUCAUGACAGUGCUUUAUUUGACGCAGAUGUUGGAAGACGAGUAGUUCACAUGCCGCAGCCAAUACAAAAUAGCCGAAACGAACAACAACUUUACUUCUUAAAUAGUGGCGAUUCUGUUUACGGUCAAGAGCCUUUAUAUGAUGAGUACAGACAACCGGCGCAACAAAAAUAUUAUAAUCAACAUACAAAUCAUUACCGACACAAAAAUAGAACGGUAAACGCAGAGCAGAAAUUUUUGUACAGCCAGAAUGCUUUACAAGCAGAUUUAUCAAUAAAUCAACAAAAUGUCACAGUAAAAAGAAAACAAAAUCAAAUUAGUGAGGAUAAUUUAAAUCAAAAUCAUAAACUUUCAAUGCCAAAAACCACAGUAGAAGCGAAUAGGCUCGUGCAGUCGUCGAGGAUAACUCCUGAUGGACAGAGUAACUCAUCCAGUGGUCAUACACCUUCCACAUUUGAUGAAAACGAAUCAAGAAUGUCGUCUAGAGAUGAUAAUCGAGUUUCAACAGCAGAAAAGAGAAGGGCAUUAAAACAAUUAAAUGAUGUAUCAAAUUACAAUAUUGACUUAGCGUUGGGAAAGGCAUCAUUACAUUCUCCUCCUAUGACAGACGAAACUUUAAUCAAGAAAAUAUUUAACGCAGAAUUUCAGUCAGAAAUGGAUGAUUAUUUGCGUUCUUGAUUUUAACGAAUUCAUAUAAAAAAUUUAAGCUUGUUUCCAUGAUUUCGAACCUUUUCUUGAAAACAAGCAGAUAUGAAUGUGACAAAUCGUCGUUGAAUUAAUACUUUUGAAAUUCCAAUAUUUAUUUGUCUUUUUAUGUUUAUAUUUUAUUCAUAUAUGUCAGUUUACAUCAACUGUUUCUGAAUAAAAUCCUGCUCAAAUUU